AUGGGUUUUCUGGUCCUCUUGACGCUCUUCUGCCUCGCCAUUCACCACACUGCCAACGCGGCUUCUUGCAUGGAGGCUGUAGUUUACUACGACUUCCGAGUCACGUACAUCACUUCCGCUUUCGACGGCGUCGCGCUUACCUCGUUCGGCAUCAAUGACCGCCCGGCUCACGAAGCUCUGAUCGAGGCGACUCUGGGGCAACAAGUCCAGGUGACCGUCACUAACGAACUGGACGAGCCCACGUGUCUACACUGGCAUGGACUCAGGCAGCUCGGCACCCAGGAGAUGGACGGACUCUCGGGCAUCACACAGUGCUACAUUCCUCCCAACACCACCGCACUGUACCAUUUCGAACCGGACAAGGCCGGUAGCUUCUGGUGGCACAGUCACCACAGUACUCAGUACCCGUACGGUCUCCGUGGACCUCUGGUGGUCCACCCUCGCGAGGACCAACUACAACCGUGGGAGAUGGACAUCUACGCCGAAUACAACGUCCAACUGGCGGACAUUUACCACGGAGAUCCAGGUGUGCCGCCCAUGUGGGACUCCGUCUUGAUCAACAACCGUGGCCGCUACAAUUGCACCGCUGCAGCCACGCAUGGCUUCACUGAGUGCUCAGAAGACCAGCCACUCACUCGAUUUCGCUUCGAAACGGGUAAAACGUAUCUUCUCCGUCUCAUGUCCAUGAGUGCACUGGCCCCGUUCGAGUUCAGCAUCGACGAGCAUCAACUCCGCGUCAUUGCAGCGGACGGAGACUCACUCGAGCCAUCUGAGCUCAUCACCAACAUCACUAUUAACAUCGGACAGAGAUACGAUCUCCUAGUGACGGCCAAGAAUGCCACGGAUAAACCCAUCGGCUCCUUCUGGAUGAGAGCGACGGGUCUCAAUGGUCUGCCCUGGACAGCAGCGACUGGAGCUAACGCUGGUGAAGGCUUCAACGCCAACGGUCUGGCCAUCGUGUACUACGAAGAGGACGACGUAUCAGAGCCCACCACGCAGCGUUGGAACGAGACGUCGACAGUCGGUGAGUUCGAGUUCACGCCUGUGAACGUCACCACGUUGCCUGGAACACCGGACGAUCGGUUGAUCAUCGAGUUCCUCUUCCCUGGUAUCGGCCAGAUCGCAGUCGACGGGAGCGGCUUCAACCAGUUCCUCGUGCCGGAGUUUGCGCCUCUCCUCACUAUCGCCGAUGGGAUGACCACAGCAGAGCUGCCCGUCACGACCAUUCCGCGCGAGAUUUUCUACGGUGACCACGUGGAGAUCGUUCUGGUCAAUGAGCAGAACGAACAGCAUCCGUUCCAUCUGCACGGCCACUCGCCGUGGGUGGUUGGAAGUGGCCAGGCCACGCUGGCUGACGUGCAGACCUGUCCGACUGACGACACCAACGCGUGCACGGGAGUUGGAUACGUCGUGCUACGGGUGGAGGCGGACAACCCGGGCGUGUGGAUGAUGCACUGCCACAUCGACUGGCACCUGGAAGGCGGUUUGGCCAUGAUCUUCGUUGAAGGAGAGGCCCAGCUACAACAAGCAGGCGUCGACGCCUUCUCCAACAGCAUCUUGAGCGUCUGUGGCAGCAACUUCACCGGAGCUCCGUUCAACACGACCACAACCGUCACCGUACCGUAGUUUUGAGGUCCAUUCGUGCAAGAAUUGAGAGAGUUUGAGGUCCGUUUGAGAUGCUAAAGACCACCAAUCGCACCUUUUCAC